UCGGUGAGCGAACGGUCUAUCCCUGGCACACUGGCGGCCGAGAUCAGAGUGACAAAUUAUUACUGAAGACAUAUGUACGGUGCUUGACAGACUGUGAGAAGUGUGCUGUAGCAGCAGAUGGGUGCGUGCCAAUGCGUAGGCACUUCCGAUCGGCCACAUGAGCGUCGGGAUCCUAGCAGCAGCUGCAGCAGAGCAAAGAAGAGCUGGCAGCGACAGGCGGUGUCAUCUCUGCUUACCGCUGGCAAACGUCUACACUCGUGGAGCGGGCUAAAUAUAGAAGCAGAGGAGAAUGGUGGAAGCGAGCCCCCUCGCGUGAUCAGGGAUUCGAGGGAAUUCUUCGCCAACACUUUCCUGUCGCCAAGCAAUGACAAUGUCAUCCAGAGCUUUCUUCGCGAUUCCAUCGAUGCAGCGGUGUCCUUGACGUCCUGCGAGCGUUGGCAAGGUGGUGGCAGGUGCGUAGGUGUAUGUGUGCCGCCGGCGCAGGCUAAUAAGACGAGAUCGCGCAUCCAAAAGCGGUUGUUGCCACUGCGCGUAAGCUGCGAACUCCAAGGUGCCGAGUUCACUGUAGCAGAAGCAGAAGCGCAGGAGAACCUGCCACCCGCUACUGCGGCCACUAAGGAACUUGGCCUUGAGAAUUAUCGUAGUGGUAGUAGUGGCAGCAGUAGUGGCACUAGUAGUGGUAGUAGUAGUGGUAUCUUUGCCACAGGGACGUGCGAUGGGUCGGGUAGCGAAGUCCGGGGCGGCCUCUCAUCCGUGUUGGAGAACUCCCCUGCCUCUCCUGGCAAGGAGAACGAUGCUCCGGGGGUUCGAUCACGUAUCCUUAUGACUAGCAAUUAUACCACCAUGACUACCACCACCACCACGACGGCGAAUAUCCUUUGUCGCACUGGCAGCGAUUGUCGUUCUCAUGAACCGUUGCGCCGUACUCGCAGCGACGGCUUCCGUGAGCCCUUGCGCCGUUCUCGCAGCGACGGUUUCCGCGAGCCCUUGCGCAGGUGCGAUGUGUCCGCAUGCGCGGAGGAGGAGGCACAAGAUGAUCAGGAGAACAGGAUGGAAGGAGAAGCGCGGAUAGUCGGACGGAUGUUAGAGCUCGAAGGGGAGAGCUUGAGGCAGCAGCAGGAGAUCGACCGGCGAGAUUUCGAGGUCAGGUUGUUGCAGGAGAAAGUCAAGCAAGCGGAGGCGGUGAUUGAGGCACAUGAGAAGGAGAACCAGAGACUUUUGUGUGAGGAGGCGAAGCGGGCAACGUUUCUUCUCGAGUUGCAGGUCCAGAUGGCUGCCAUCGCUGCUCGAGCCAUGGAGAGCGCCAAGGUCGUGGAGGAGAAGGACAUGAAGAUUGUGGAGUUGGAACGACAGCUUGCAGAGCUUCGAGCUUCCUUACAGGCUUGGGAACGACAGAAGGUCAGCGAACGGGAGAAACUAGUAAGGUCGCAGUUGAAGGAGAUGGAAGGAAAGGAGGCUGCAGAAGCGGCGGCGGCGGCGGUGGCGGGGGCGGGGGCGGGGGCAAUGCUGCCAAGGGAGGAGGGGAUUGAACUGUCGGCGGGAGGAAAAAGAUGUGGUGGGGGACCACGUCGUCGUCUUCCUCCACCUCCUUCUGUUUCUCCUCCUCCUCCUCCUCCUCCAGUUGUCAAUUCUGAGGACAACAAAGAGAGGAAGGUGGUUGAAGCACGCGGACGAGAAAAAAAUGAGUGUUGGGCAGUCGCACAUGCAUGGGAGAGGCAGCAGCAGCAGCAGCAGCAGAAGGCAAGGGAGGGGGGAAUUGAACUGUCGGCGGGAGGAAAAGGAUGUGGCGGGGGACCACGUUGUCGUCUUCCUCCUCCACCUUGUUCUUCUCCUCCUUUUGUUAAAUUUUCUGACGACAACAAAGAGAAAGUGUUUGAAGCAUGCGGACAGGAAAAAAUUGAGUGUCCGGCAGUCCCACAUGCGUGGGAGAGGCAGCAGCAGAAGGCAAGCAAACUGGCAAAACUGGUGUUGGGCAGGAAGGAGAGGGAGUGGGAGAGGGAGGUGAUAAAGCAGCAGCAGCAGCAGCAGCAGCCAGGAGGACGAGGGGAGGUGGUUACCUGUGUCAGUGAACCUCGUUGCAUGGAGCAAGACGGAGAAAAAAUGAAGAUCCAAGCAUGGGCCCGGGAACUGGACUUUCGCUCUCAUAGAAAAGACGACAGCUGGAUCAGUAAGAAGGUGAUAGACGAGAGGGAGAGGUUGACGGCCACGGUGAAGGACCUGAGGAAGGAGUUGGAGUUAGCGAAAGAGGAGCUUUCAGCAAUGCAUCUGCAGCUGACUAAGGCUUAUGGCCUGGUGGAGGAGAAGAAGAGGAGGGUCGACGAACUUAUGAGCGAGGUGGUGAGACUACGCUGUCACAGCGGCGGCCAUAUGGCGGAAGGCUUGGAGUCUGGACUGCGUGUGACUCAGAGAGAACUGAACAGGAAUAAGGAAGCAGCAGCAGGUGAAAAGGGGGUGGGCCCAACAGCAGAGAGCCAGGGCGGAAAUGUGACUGGUAUGGUUGUUUUUUCUGAGCUGAGUGGAGGCGAUGUCACGAAGAAGUCGCCCUCUGUGGAAGACGAAGCAACGAGAAAGGGUGCAGCAGAGGUGCCAUGCGGCGGUGGACCACCGUGCCCUGCUGAGGGGUGUGUGCCCGCCUCAGUGGUUGCGGUCCAGCCUGACUAUACCGCUUUGGGAAGAGGCGGCAGCUCGGAGUUAGAUCACGACGAGGAGUACGACGUGGACGAGGUCGUCCUGUCGUCAUCGCCAUCUGCUGGUAGUCUGGGUGUCGAAGAUUUGCAGGAGGAGGAGGAGGAGGAGGUUGGCAGGAUGAGGGAGAGAAUAAUUGUUGCAGAUAUGAAGAGGAGAAUGCAGGCAGCCGAGGAAGCUCUGGAGAGGGAGAGGGAAGUCAGAAUGCAAGGGGAGGCGGCCAGUGUCGCCAGGGCAUUGCAGCUGGAGUCGGAGACCGAGAGGAUGUGCGAAGCCGAGGAGGUCAUGAACUUGCAAAUUUUGCAGAUCGAGAGGUUAUUAGCCGAGGUGGAGGGACUGGAGGCGAAGAUGAAUGGGGUGGUGAGAGUGGCAGAGGAAGCAGAGGAGGAGUGGAGGCAGAUUGUUGCACGGCUGACCUGGGAGAAGGAGGAGAUGGAGACAAACCUGGUCGCUGCUCUGGAGGUGGCACGCGCCGCAGAAGUUAAGUCGAAAGGCUUGGAGAAGGACAGGGCAGACACGAUCAUCGCGGUUGGAUGUUUGUUCAGUCAGAUGGGCAGUGACCUGCGUAAAGUCGUGGAUGCGGUGGUGGAAUCGGGCGGAGGCGCUCUGACGAUGACAGGAAUGGAUGCUUGGAAGAAGAUGCAGACGAAAUUGGAGGCGCUGCCGAAAUUGGGACCCCUUGCCGGGACAAGGGUGCCUUUGAUGGCAGCGACAAAAGACGAUGCCCAAGGCUUGGGCAGCAGCGCGGCAGCGAAGCUGCCGAGGCUGACAGAUUCUCAGCACCUGGCCAAAGUCGUGGAGCAGUUUGCGAAUGCAGUGACUCCUGUGAUGUCGCUCGUCGGGCUCGAGAUGAUCCAUCACGCUUGCCCCCCCUGCAAGGCCGUCAAGCUGCAAGGAAGCCUUGGGCGCAGGGCGACAGACAUCCACGAUGGAGCAAUACGAGUGCCUGCACGGAGAAGAUGGACAACCCUCACCGCUGCUGCGCAUAGUUAGUUCGUUGUUGUUCAAGGAUGCUCUCACAUCAGAUGGGGUGAUGUCAGUGAUGAGGAUCCGAUUGAUUUCGAGCACUGGUUAUGGAGCCUAGAGUCUAGGACAACAGCAGAAGUGUUGGCCGGCUUCGAGUGUUGAUCUCUCGCCUGUGCCGCAUGGUAGGCAAAACUCUGGGGUGACAAUGUGAUGUAGUACAGGAGAAGACUCUGGAAGACAUAGUAAAGGGGGUACCAAAUU